CUGGAAAUACCACCUAAUGAGCCACAGAAGAACAUGCAUAGACACGGCCAACAUGUUCCCUACAUCGAAAAAGGCUGCCCGUCGCGGGUCCUCCGUGUCGGCGCUUGGUGAUGACGUCCCAAUUGCUGUUCGUAUCGCGCCAUUGCCAAAGAGUGGGCUGAGAGUGCUGACUGACGGUUAGCUAUUUAUCAGUUGCAUAGCAGAUUUCGAGGCGCUGAAGACACAUGCAGCAAAAUGGCGGCUUCCACAGCAGCAUCAGUAGCAGCUGCAGGGUCUGCAUCGAGGCAAAACCAGCGCCGUGCUGCAUUAAAAAAACAGAGAAGGAAGAGGAGACGCCAAGCACUCGCAAAGGUCCGAGAUUCAGACUUACAAGGUGAUGAAGAACAUCAGGAAUCGGAGGAAGGAGAUGAAAAAGAGGAGAGGAAGAUGGAGGAGGAGAGGCAUAAAUUUCACUUGGAAUGGAUGGAGCGAGAACGUGUUGCCCAGGAGGAGUUUAACCUCAAGCGGGAGAGAGAAGAGGUGGCAAAAAGAAAACAGGAGGAAGAGGAGAGAAGAAUAAAGGAGGAAUGGGAGGCACGAGAGAAAAAAGAACGGGAAGAGCGGGAGCAGAAGCAGCAGGAGAAGAGAGACAGAGAGGAAGCUGUACAGAAAAUGUUAGACCAAGCUGAGAGCCAGCUGGACUGUAGUGGUCCAUGGAAGAACCCUGAAGCCCCAAUGGAUUAUGGGACAGAGAAAGAUAGAGCAAACUGUCCUUUCUUUCUUAAGACGGGAGCCUGUAGAUUUGGUGAAAGAUGUUCCCGUAAGCAUGCGCACCCCACCUGCAGCAGCACUCUAAUGAUCAGGGGCAUGUUUGUUACGUUUGGCAUGGAGCAGUGCCGACGGGAUGACUACGACACGGACGCCAGUCUGGAGUAUAGCGAGGAGGAGGUACGGCAGCAGUUCCUCGAAUUCUAUGAGGACGUGCUGCCUGAAUUCAAGAGUGCAGGGAAGGUGGUGCAGUUUAAGGUCAGCUGUAACUUUGAACCUCACUUAAGAGGAAAUGUCUAUGUACAGUACGACACGGAAGAACAAUGCAAAGAAGCAUUUUUGAUGUUUAAUGGACGGUGGUAUGCGGGGAAACAGCUGCAGUGCGAAUUCUCCCCAGUCACAAGGUGGAAAACUGCCAUAUGCGGGUUAUUUGACAGGCGUAAGUGUCCGAAGGGAAAGCACUGCAACUUCCUGCACGUACACAGAAACCCUGGCAACGAGUACUGGGAAGCAGACCGUGAUUUGCACCUAUCGCCAGAACGAGGGGGUGCCUUCACGGGUCGCUACUCUGAAAGGCACUCGGAGCGCAGAGACCGAUCACGUGGACAACGCAGUUACAGCCCUAACAGGUCACACAGUAGACGCUGGGAGAGGCGGAGCCGGAGCAGGGAGAGGCGGAGCCGGAGCAGGGAGAGGCGGAGCCGGAGCAGGGAGAGGCGGAGCCGGAGCAGGGAGAGGCGGAGCCGGAGCAGGGAGAGAAGAUGGUCCCUCCAGUCAUCACGGAAGAAUAAGCCCAGCUUCCAAAGAGAGAGAUCAAGAAGCAGGGAGAGGAGUAGAUAUGGAAAUAAGAAUGGGGUCAAGCCAGAGAAAAGCAAUGGUUCUCCCCUGGACCAGAACAGCAGGUCUUUGUCAAAGUCCUUGAGUCCAAAAAGAAGAACAUCCAGCAGCAAAGAUUCAUCAAGGAAAAAGCGCAGCUCAAAGGAGCCAGAGAGAACUGAUAUACCUUCAGAUGGGCGUCCCGCCCCACGACUCCACAAACACUCUAAGAAGAGUAAAAAGAAGAAAAGUAGGAAGAAAAAGAAGCGCAGCAGGUCGUCGGGUGGCUGUUCAUCGGCAGAUUCAGACGGUGACUCGUUAUCCCAGAGCGCGGGCAAGCAGGAAGACCGGAGCGUCAUCCCCGGGGAUGCGGAGGGUGUACAGAGCGCAGAGGGGGACAUGGCUUUGAUAAGCUCCCAGUUAAUGCACCCGCAGGAGACAAGCUCUCAACCAUGCAUGCCUGAAGGAGAAGGAGAGGAGUGCACGGACUCGCACUGAGAGCCCCGGAGGGGUGCAUUGCAUCACACCGUGCGGCAGCGUUCAUGUUUAGCGCUUUUGAAGUUGGCCACAUUGCAUCAAUAUUAUAUAAAUAAGUUUUUAAAAUAAUGAUCCUUUUUCAUAUGUGCACAUUAAAUUUGUGGAGUUUGCAUGUUA